AUGAAAAGUCUACAAGCGCUUCAGCUAGGGCAUCUAGACGAACAUUUAAGGAACGCUAUUAUAGGCCAUACACGGAGCGGUACAUUCGCCUACUAUGUCUCUGUGAGAGAUAAUACUCAAUCUGCCUUCAUAGAGACCCCUGCCAGAGAUGCUUUACUCAAGCUUACUUACAAUUCAAGCCUUACACGGGAUGCAUCCGCACCUCAGGAUUUAACAGAACCUCAAAAGAGGUCCCUUGAAAGCGACCAGGAGCUCAAUCGAUUAAAGCGAGAACGUGCUGAUUCUGAACGAUAUAACAAAUUCCAAAGCCUCCAAAGAAAAAUUAAGGCACGACGGAAGAAAAUUCACGAGGAGGCAAAAGCGAGAGUCCGCGAGAAUUUUUUCGAGAAUAUUGGCAACCACAUCAUCGAUCAAAAUUAUCGGGCUAGCCCCGUGAAAUUCGAACCGGACACGUCACAUAUACAGCCGGAAAGAAAGGAGCUUGCGGAUAUUGAAUUCAAGAACCGGGAUGUUGACACCAUUGAUGAUGCAGAGUUGAUUGAAGACCGGAUCCGAUCAUUAGAGCUACGACUACGGCUUCAUCGACUCCAUGUACCGAAGGCCUUACGAAAGCGAGUAACAUUCGAGUCCAUGGCCCUUGUCAAGUCUGAACCGCAAUCUUUCCCGUGGAAAAGCGCCACUAGCCUUGAAUGUCCGGUCUGCUUAGGGGCCACGGAUGCCCACCCCGCUGCGAAGCAAUUUGAAUAUUCUCGAAAAGACGCGCUACAAAGGCAUUUCAGGGCCCAUCGGCUUCCACAAAGGUUUCCAAAUGGUCACCAGUGCGAUAUUCCUAGCUGUUCAGAAGUGCUGUUUAUGCGUCCAGAGUACAUGCUGCACCAAGCAGACUGCCACAAUAUCUUUCUUUAG